AUGAAGUUCUCAAUCAUGUCUCUCGGCCUCAUGGCCGUCUCUGCUCUGGCAGCACCUAUGCCAUCUCAGAUCGCACCCAAGCGUGACGGUCUCACCAAGCGCGCCGCAUCCCUGGAGGAUGUCGCCACUACCGGUUUCGCUACCCAGAACGGAGGUACCUCUGGAGGAAAGGGAGGCAAGACCAUCGAGGUCAGCUCCCUCAGCGAGUUGGAGUCUGCUGUCAAGGGUGAGGAUGCCGCUAUCGUUCUCAUCACCGCUCCCAUCAAGGGAAGCGGAGAGAACGUCAAGAUUGGCAGCAACAAGUCCGUCAUCGGAAAGGACUCUUCCGUCGUCCUGACCGACUUCACCCUCACAGUCAAGGCAGUCAAGAACGUCAUCCUCCGCAACUUCGCCGUGGAGAAGGUCGUCGGCGGCGAUGCCAUUGCCAUCCAGGAAGCCCAGAACGUCUGGGUUGACCACGUCGACCUCUCCUCCGACCUCGACCACGACAAGGACUACUACGACGGUCUCCUCGACGUCACACACGCCGCUGACUAUGUCACCAUCUCCAACAGCUUCAUGCACGACCACUGGAAGUGCUCCCUAGUCGGCCACUCUGACAGCAACGGCAGCGAAGACAAGGGCCACUUGACCGUCACCUACAACAACAACUACUGGCUCAACAUCAACUCUCGCGGCCCUUCCUUCCGCUUCGGAACUGGCCACCUCUACAACAACUACUACGAGAACGUCUCCGAUGGCAUCAACACGCGCCAGGGUGCCCAGCUCCUCGUCCAGAACAACGUCUGGGUCAAGGCCAAGAAGGCGCUCUACAGCACCGACGGUGGUAACGCUGUUGCCGAGGGCAACGACUUUGGUGACAGCGAGAACACUGCUCCCAAGGGCUCCCUGUCCAAGGUCCCGUACGAGGUUCCUGAGCUCCUUGAGGCGGCUGCUGUCAAGGCUGCUGUUGUUGGCACUGCCGGUGUUACCCUCAAGUUCUAA